AUGGCCAGCAAUGCCCUGCAAAUCGCUGGACUGGCAUCUGGUUUUAUGGGCAUGGUGGGGACACUAGCUGUCACCAUCAUGCCUCAAUGGAGAGUGUCUGCCUUCAUUGGAAGCAACAUCGUGGUUGCUGAAAACAUGUGGGAAGGGCUGUGGAUGAGUUGCAUGCGGCAUGCCAACAUCAGGAUGCAGUGCAAAGUCUACGACUCCCUGCUGGCUCUUUCUCCGGAUCUACAGGCCGCCCGGGGGCUGAUGUGCGCUGCCUCGGUGCUGUCCUUCCUGGCUUUCAUGACGGCCAUCCUCGGCAUGAAGUGCACCCGCUGCACCGGAGACAACGAGAAAGUGAAGGGUCACAUCCUGCUGACAGCGGGAGUCGUCCUCAUCGUCACGGGCGUCGUGGUGCUCAUCCCUGUGAGCUGGGUGGGCAACGCCAUCAUCAGAGAUUUCUACAACCCCGUAGUGAACAUGGCGCAGAAGCGUGAGCUUGGAGAAGCCCUCUACCUAGGCUGGACCACGGCGUUGGUGCUCAUCGCGGGAGGAACACUCUUCUGCUGUGUGUUUUGUUGCAGUGAAAGGAGCAAUAGCUACAGAUACUCAAUACCCUCCCAUCGCACGACCCAAAAAAGCUAUUACACGGGAAAGAAGUCACCCAGUGUGCACUCCAAAAGUCAGUACGUGUAG